AUGGCUGGGUCAUUGCCGCUAGAAAUUCUGCAGCAGAUAUUUUCCUAUGAAUCAGACAGUCUAACACAAUAUGCUUGUGUCUGUCGGCAAUGGCAGCUCGCCGCUGAGACAUUCACUUUCGCCCAUUUGCAUAUCAAUUCGGCGGACCUUGAAAGCUUCCGUCAGAUUCUCGCUUCCUCCCAUUCAACCGGGAGAUAUUUCCGUGUCCGGUCGCUCUCCUUCAAGGUUGUCCUCCCAGCGUACAGCGAUCGCGCCCGAGGUCACUAUGAAAACAAAGAUGAUCGCGAUGCCAAUAACAGAGUCUUCACGCAAGCAAUAAUCUCCCUCUUCAAAAUUCUGAGUUCGUGGCCUUAUCACGACAGGUAUCAAAUUUUACUUCAGAUAUAUGCUAGGUCUCCAAGCGAUUGGCAAGCGGAGCCAGAUUGGAUAGCGCGACGCGCCCGACAACAACGAGGCUAUGCUUUCCCAGAGCAAGACCUGCUAGACCGGCGCUACGAACGUUCAUAUCUGCAGCUGACGGGACGUGUAGCACUUGCUGACGCCAGGUGCAUUACUUCAAUCGAGGUGAAAGGCUCUGAUGCUGUUCGAAAUAUUGGACCAGCAGCAGUAUGCUUGAUCGUUGCUCACCUCCUACGACUGGAAACUAUUAUCGCCAGUCUACGUGACAAGGAGAGGGAAAAUACCAAAAUAUGUGAUACCUUUGGAAGUGACUUCUCCAUUACCGGGUGGCGUCGCUCCCUGCGACAGUUAUAUUUAAGAUACAAGGUACAGGCACCAUAUUCUCAGAGCCUCCUUGUGCCAUUCAACCCGAGACCCAAUCCUCUUUGUCUUGUUCUGCACCGACUUUCUCAGCAAUUGGAAAUUGUUGACCUAUCACAAAUCAUAAUCGGCCCUGAAUUGUUCUGGCCGGUAGAUGCCAGCAACACUAAUCCGUUCUGGCCAAGACUCACCAAAUUUACAGCAAGCUGUAGUUACUUCCCCACAUAUGGCUACGCUCACUUGGAUAAAUCCAUAAAAUUGGAUGAAAAUGCUUCUUCUGUCACAUCAGAUGACUCCGUCGCACUACCUCAUGACCAAGGAAACCUUUUGUAUCUCCAGAAAAAUCGCUUGGAUGAGGUGUUUGUUGCCGCUGGGCGCGCUGCCCACCAUAUGCCUCGGUUGAUUUCCAUGGAAAUCGAUAUUGGUACGCUCCGUGUGCCGGCAUUCGAUUUUUGUUUCAGCUACGAUGCAAGGCUGGGUACAGCAACAUGGACAACCUUCUCGGAGUUCUGUGUGUCGAAUGAAGUUCAACAGGCCUGGGAUCUUGCGGCAAAGAGUCAUGGACAUGGUCAAAUACGUACGGAGGUUUUUCCUGCCGAUUCAAGUUUGUCUUCAUGA